UCACUACAUUCCAGACACACCCAGCUACAACCCACUAAAACCCCAAAACCCUCCUCCUUCCAUGGCCGCCCUUCUUCCCAUUCCAUACCCAAAACCCUCUUCCCACUAAACCCAUCAAAAAGCUCAAACCUUUACUAACAAUGCCCACCAUCACCCUCCUCUUCCUCCUCCUCCUCCUCCUCGCCGCCGCCGUCCACUCCCAGCCCUCCUCCGACGCCGUCGCCCUCCUCUCCUUCAAGUCCCACUCCGACCUCGACAACCGCCUCCUCUACACCCUCAACGAGCCCUCCGACUACUGCCAAUGGCAAGGCGUCAAAUGCGUCCAAGGCCGCGUCGUCCGCUUCAUCCUUCCCUCCUUCCGCCUCCGCGGCACCCUCGCCGCCGACACCCUCACCCGUCUCGACCAGCUCCGCGUUCUCAGCCUCCACAACAACUCCCUCUCCGGCCCAGUCCCCGACCUCUCCUCACUCUCCAACCUCAAGUCUCUCUUCCUCUCCCUUAAUUCCUUCUCCGGCUCCUUCCCUCCUUCCAUCUUCACCCUCCACCGCCUCCGCGCCCUCGACAUUUCCCGCAACAACUUCACCGGUCCGAUCCCGGUUCUCGUGACCCGUCUCGACCGCCUUAACUCCCUCCACCUCGAGUUCAACCGCUUCAACGGCUCCUUCCCCGCUUUAAACAACUCCUUCCUCACCGACCUCAACGUUUCCUCCAACAACCUCACCGGCCCGGUCCCGGGAACCCCAACUCUCUCCCGGUUCGAUACCUCCUCCUUCCAGCUCAACCCGGGUCUCUGCGGCGAGGUUAUCAACAAGGCAUGUAGCUCACACUCCCCAUUCUUCGAAUCACACAAUGCCACCUCGCCGGAGCCCUUAACCGAAAACGCACAGUCGCAAGGAGUAAUGCUGUCACCGCCCUCUCCGACACGGCACAAGAAAACAGGCCUUGUUCUCGGAAUUUCAAUCGGAGUAGCUUUUAUUUUCGCCGGUCUGUUAUUCGUUUUCGCAGUGAUCAGAAACCGUAAGUCCGGCAAUGAAGCCGAAAUUAGACCCUCGAAACCGUCCCCAAGUAGUACUACGGAUCCAAAUGGCCGCAUUGCGGAGCAUGAGAUGCAGAAAGAGGUGCCCAAAUUGGUUCCCAAAAUAGUUGAUCAUUUCGAAGAAGCAGCUCAGACUAGAGUGAUACCGAAGAGUGGGAACUUGGUGUUUUGCUAUGGGGAGAGCCAGUUGUACAGCUUGGAGCAACUGAUGAGGGCCUCGGCGGAGUUACUUGGGAGAGGAACCAUCGGGACGACGUACAAGGCGGUGCUGGAUAACCAGCUGAUAGUGACGGUGAAGAGAUUGGACGCGAGCAAGACUGCCAUUACGAGCAAGGAGGUUUUCGAUCGGCAUAUGGACGCUGUGGGUGGGUUGCGCCACCCCAAUUUGGUUCCGGUGAGAGCUUACUUUCAGGCCAAGGGAGAGAGGCUGGUGAUGUAUGAUUACCAACCCAAUGGGAGCCUCUUCAAUCUCAUCCACGGUUCAAGGUCGAAUAGAGCAAAGCCUCUUCACUGGACUUCGUGCUUGAAGAUUGCUGAAGAUGUGGCUCAGGGCCUUGCUUACAUUCACCAGGUGUCGACUUUGAUCCAUGGCAACCUCAAAUCGGCCAAUGUGCUUCUGGGAGCUGACUUUGAGGCCUGUCUUACAGACUAUGGGCUGGCAAUGUUUGCAGACUCUUCUGCUAGUGAAGAUCCUGAAUCUGCAGGGUAUAAAGCUCCUGAGACAAGGAAGUCCAGUCGCCGAGCCACGUCUAAGUCAGAUGUCUAUGCGUUUGGUAUCCUCUUGCUUGAGCUUUUGACGGGUAAACAUCCGUCCCAGCAUCCGCCGCUUGUUCCUAUGGAUGUGGGAGAAUGGGUGAGGGCAAUGAGGGACGAUGAUGUUGGGGAUGAAAAUCAACUUGGGAUGCUCACUGAGGUUGCUUGUAUAUGUAGUCUGACAUCUCCAGAGCAGAGACCAGCAAUGUGGCAAGUGUUGAAGAUGAUUCAGGAGGUCAAAGAGAGUGUAAUGACAGAUGACAAUGCAGGUGUUGGAUUUUCGUAGUAAGGUCUGAAGUUUUGCCGCAUUGCAUCCAAAGAAGAAAAAAAAAUGCAGGAGGCAGUGUUCUUGCACGUCUCUCAUUGGAGAAUUUCCUGAGGAAAAGUUUAUGAUGGCAACUUGAUCGAGGGCCAAGUUUGAACAACUCAUUUACAGGUCAAACUUGAGGAAUUCAUGUAAUGGUGUUCCUACGAUUCUGUUAAUGGCAGGUGUAUAAUGAAGUUAUAACCGCUUAUGAUUCUUUCUUCCUAGAUUUGGC